AAGGUGCAAUAUGUGGUCCAUUUCAAAGUCAGAAAAUGCAGUAUUUAUGAAACAGAAAGGCAGCAUAGUUGGAAAAGUAUGGGAUAUUGCAGCUGCCAACAACAAGGGAUGCAUCAAGAUUAUGAUGAAUGGCCUCGACAAAAUUAUGCGUCUUGAGGAUUUCCAUGCAGAAGACAAUGAAUACUCAAGCUUAUUUGCUGGACAUCUUAGCAGUAGACAUUCAUUUGUAGAAAGAUGGAGAACCUUUAAAAAAUCAGGGCAAAACAAAUCAACAUCAACAGUAAAACGGACUUAUUCUAAGAUUAAUCCAUUUGAAUUCAAAGAUGAUGCAGCAUCGGAUAAACUAGAUGAUGUCACAACACAGAAAAAAGUACAUGUUGAAGUACACAGACCAUCUAUCUCAGAUUGCUCUGAAGUGGGUGAUAUUUCACCUUUAACAGCAGAACCAGUAGGAGUCUGUGAAGAUGACUUAAGUGGUAGGAUUGUUUUAUUCUUACUUGAAAAUGAGAGUAGCAGUAUCUCAUCUGAGGAAACUCAUACUGAAAAUGCUAAUAAAAGUCUUGUGGAGGCCAUUCAAAAGAAACUUAAAGGUUACAUGGUACUCCCUGUGUCAAAACUUAGACAACCUUCCUUUAUCAACCUCCUAAGAGAACCAGAUCUUAAGCAUGUCAAGGAACUGGAAAGAGAAUUCAAAGAAAGACCAGGCAAUUACUUUCAGUUGAUGGUGGUAAAUGUCUGUGGUCAACUGGAGGUAGAUAACUUUGAAUCCUGCACCCUUGAGGUGAUUGGAGGCAAUCACUCCAGAGAAGCACUUCAGAACAUCAUAUCUGAAACACCUAAUCCAUCUCAGUUUGAAAAGAGAAUGUGUAUUGUGUACACAAAUUUAAAUCCUGAUGAGGCCAAAUAUGUGGCAAAUCAACAUAACCAGGUCAGAAAGUUUGGCACUGACCUUGAUCUGGUAGAUAGAGCAGGUUGUUUUAGGUAUGCUCUGUUCGAAAAAGCUGGGUAUUCCAAUCUCCAAGACACAAUUGGUAAAAAGACCCCAACCAACAAAGAAAUAAUUCAUAAAUGGAAGGAGGGGCUCCAGUUAUGUAUGGGAGCUGUCAGUAGAAAAACUCUCAACAACAGAUUUCGGUUUGAGAUGAAGUUGGCUCAACUUCAGACUGAAGUUUGGGUCGAAUUUCUUGAAUUCAAAAAGAAAUUGAAAAAAGAAGUGAAGAAAGACAAAAUCAGUGGGAGACUGUUGAAACCAUUGAAUGGUGUGUCAUCAGAGAAUAUGCUGAAAUUCUUAAAUGAUUACAACAGUGAAAAAAUUAACUUCAGACAACUGACCUCUCUCUGCAACGAGUCCAAAUCCAAUGAAGCAAACAAAAAGGAUGAAAGUUCUGAAUGUGAACCAGGGACAUCUGCAAUGAACUCUGAAGUAGAGACAUUUGUUGAACCAUUGGACGAUGAAGUAGAGGAAGAGGAGGCUACGAAUGACAUUAAACUUGUUGAGGAAUUAAAGAGGACAGCAGCUAGAGAGAAAAAAAGGAGUGAUGAACUACAGCUGAAGAAUGAGGAAUUGAAAGAGGCACUGGAAACAUCAAAUAGGGAGAGAGAUGAAAUGAAAAAAGAACUUUCACAACGAUUGUUGGCUGAGAAGAAAAUGCAUGAUGAAAUUCGCCAGUUAAAGGAAAAACUAAAUCAAGCUACCAAAGAAUGCAGGAUUUUGAGGGAAAAACAGGGCAAGCUUACAAAAAGGAAAAUCACAGCAGUGGAUGCCACAGAAGAAGUAAACAUUCCAGUGACAAAAAAACCAAGCACUGACAACUGGAAUUUCAAGGAGAGGCCGGAGGACUUAGAAAUAGGCAUGGUUGUGGCCAUCACACCAAUCCGUCAAAGGGAUGUUGUUGAUGGAGAGCCAUGGCUGGCCAUAACCAAUGACGUGUCCAAAGCCAGAAUCAAAGUAUCAUGGCUGAAGGGGAGUUACACCACCAAUUGGAUACCAAAUCCAGACUUUGAAGGGUGUGCUCCAGAUAGCAUCCCUAGAAAUAGGGUGGCAUGUAGUUUUAAGUUGAUUCAUGACAAAAUCUUGCCAGGCUACAUUGUAGAUAAACUGAAGAAGAUAUUUAAAAAUUAAGAUACAAGAAUUCCAUGUUAUAUUAUGCCCCCCAAACGUCUUAUGGGAACAUAAUGUUUUUACUGUUUUUUCUUUUUUUUAAUUCUUCUUCAGAACUUUUUUUGUGCCAGAAUGUUCUCAUUUAACCUGAGUCAUCUGAUUUAGAUGAACCCUUUUGAGGGUUAAUAGGCAAGUAGUGUAGAUGUGUGGAAUGAAGGUGAUUUUAUUUGUACAUGCAUGCACUUGUGUGUGCUUGCA